AUGACCAUGACUGCCAACAAGAAUGCCAGUGUCAACAGCAGAGCUGGAGGGAGUAAAGUGCCUCAGGACACUCUGGAUAGGUGUCAGUCAGUCUCUCCACCGCCUCUUUUGUCCCCACGAAGAAGCCCAGCCUACCCCCUCAGUGACAGUGAGGACUCUUGCCACUCUGCUCGGCUCACCAAAGUCUCCAGCUCCAGACUGCGCCUCAAGGACUGGAGCAGCCGCACGUCUACGCUGCGAAGCACCUCCACAAGCCCAUCGGACACCGACUCCCUGAGCCACCCUCUCAAAGCCAUCAGCGUGGGUGCUUUGGAUAAAAGGCUGUCUGUGUUCAAGGCUGAGGACCAAAAGGAGAGUCCAAAGGAGGCUCAAGAUGGGGAUUCGGUAGGGAGCCAUCCGCUCGCCCGGAGCACUCUGUCCUUGGGCACUGCCACCAACUUGAGGAACCUCUCCCUCAGCCGCGCAAGCGUUCGCUCCCAGGUGCUGGACAUCAGGCAGAAGAUCACAGAAUGGGAGUGCCGCCAGGAGCCGUCCCCCAGGACGAGCGCGUGUGUGGACAAGAGGGACACUGGGGAGAGGUCGGGCAGUGAGAGCUGCCCCAGCGUGCUGACCUCUCCCUGCAGCGAGAAAACAUUCGAUUUCAAAGGGCUCAGAAGAAUGAGCCGAACCUUUUCUGAGUGCUCUUACCCAGAAACGGAGGAGGAGGAGCUGCUGGACAGGGAUUCCUGCCAUCGGUUGGAAAAGAGACUAGGCAGGAGCGAGCCUCCUGCUGCUGCUUUCCUCAAGGGCCACGCGAGGAAAGAGUCCUCUGCCGUGCUGAACAGAAUACAGAAGAUUGAGCAGGCACUGAAAGAGCAGCCCGGCAGAGGCCUCCCCCAGUUACCCAGUAGCUGUUACAGUGUUGACAAAGGGAGGAAAAAGUCUGUGACUCUGAGUACUGUGGAGGGACUGAGUGAAAGCCUGAGUGAUAGCAAAGGAGGGACUGUUAUUUUGGGGAGUGAUCCAGAAACACCUACUGAGGCUGAGAAAAGCAGUAAGACAAAACAGGGGGUCACUGCAAACUCAGCUGGCCCUAAACUGCUCCUCGAAAGCCCAGCUAACACUGCGGUGAAUCCUGUCCCCAAGCCCAAACGCACCUUUGAAUAUGAAGCAGACAAAAACCACAAAAGUAAACCCAGCAAUGGCCUACCUCCAUCCCCUACAGCGGCUGCUCCUCCUCCCCUCCCGUCCACCCCGGCACCCCCUGUGACCAGAAGGCAGAAGAAAGAGUCACGCUUUCACAGAAAAUCCCAGAAUAGAAAAUCCUUUGAGUUUGAGGAUGCAUCGAGUCUGCAAUCCCUGUACCCUCCCUCCCCAACUGAAAAUGGGACUGAGAGCCAGCAUAAAUUUGGAUCCAAGAGCACUUUAGAAGAAAAUGCCUACGAAGACAUUGUAGGCGAGUCACCCAAGGAAAACCCGUACGAGGAUGUGGAGCUGAGGGGCCGCCAGGCAGGCCGCAAACCCCACCAGCUCUCCGAGCCCUCCCUCGAGUCCCUGCACAGGAUGUGGGCAGCGCCGGACAGGAAAUACACAGCACCUCCCCAG